AUGUUGUUCUCUGCGUGCGCCGAUACCAAUGACCAGUCCAUCGGACCCAGCGUCCUGGGCUGUCGGGGCGACUUCGACUUCACAGUCAAAUUCGAGCAGUUGUUCUUCUCCCUGCUCCCUUCUGCCAUCUUCACUGUUGCUUCACUAUGGCGUGCUUCUCUCCUAAUACGCAGACCGACGAUCGUCGGCGCGCCUGUGCUGCGUCUGGCGAAAAUGGGAGCCCUGAUGUCGUACGCCUCGCUGGAGUGCUCGCUUCUUCUUCUAGUUGCGAUACGCUUAGUGGACGUCACCAAUUUCGCCAUCGCCUCUUCUGCGCUUCGUCUGGUCGCUGCCUUCUGUAUGAUGUUCCUCUCAUAUCUGGAUCAUAGCAAAUCACCGCGGCCGUCUAUUUUGAUGAGCGCCUAUCUCUUCCUGAGCCUGCUGUUCGAUAUCGUCCAGGCGCGUACCUACUGGCUCGCCACUUCGACGCGGCCUGAGAAGGCAUUCUCGACUAUCUUCACCGCAGCCUUAGCUAUGAAGGUCGUUAUCCUCUUGCUCGAAGCUCGUCGAAAAACGAGAUGGGUCAACUGGGAUUCGAAGAAUCAUAGCCCGGAAGAGACCAGCGGUAUUUACAGCCUAGGCGUCUACUUUUGGCUCAAUCGACUAUUCCUCAAUGGAUAUAGCAAGGUGUUAGCGAUCAAGGAUCUCUACCCUCUUGACGACAACCUAGCCGCGCAGCGUGUUUCUGAGCGAUUCGUUCGAUAUUUAGACGAUGAGAAGCUGAGAAGCGACAAGUUCGGCCUGCUAAAGGUCCUGGGCCGAACCCUUGCGGGCCCUCUCCUUCUCCCGAUCCCGGCGAGACUUGCCUUGACUGCCUUCAGCUUCUGUCAGCCUAUGUUCAUAAGCAGUCUCCUUCAACGCCUCUCGCAAACCGAAACCGCGUUUCCCGACAAUAUUAGUUACGGUUUUAUCGGCGCGAGUAUCUGCAUAUACAGUGGUAUCGCGAUCUCGACGGCAUUCUACUGGUAUCUUCAUCUGCGGACGCUCUAUAUGGCUCGUGCCUGUCUAAUUACAGCAAUUUACACGAAAACCACCGAAGCGCGCAAAUCCGGCGAUGACGAGAACGCGCCGUUGACGUUGAUGAGCAGUGAUAUUGAGCGUAUUUAUAUCGGAUUCAAGGCACUGCACGAAUCCUGGGCCAAUUUCAUCGAGGUGGGACUUGCCGGCUGGUUAUUAUAUGGUUACCUCGGCCCUGCGUUUGUGGCGCCCAUCGUCCUUAUAGCAGUAUGUUCUGUUGGAAUUGUCGUUAUGCUGCAAUACAUGGGAGAAGGCCAAAAGAAAUGGAUGAAAGAGGUUGAAAGGCGUGUUGGACUUACUUCGGGUGUUAUUGCGAACAUGAAGAACAUCAAGAUAUCCGGCCUCACCCUCCCCAUCGCGCACUUCGUCGAGAAACUCCGCCGUGACGAAUUACGGGCGAGUUCCAGGUUCCGAAAGAUGACUUUGGUUUGCGCAACAUUCGCCUAUCUUCCCAUUCUUAUUUCACCUGCCCUGACCUUUGGGGUCGCGCAGCGAAGUCUGGACCCUGCGAGACUCUUCACGUCGAUGUCAUACCUCCUGCUGAUGACGACUCCGCUGAUCAGCUUAUUCCAAGCCCUUCCUCUCUUGGCCGCAGGCUUCGCUUGUGUAGGCCGUAUCCAAACCUACCUGGGGAGCGAGAAACGGGAAGACUUCCGUCAGGUCGUAACCGAAAUUCGUGAUACAGAGAAGCCUACGACAAGCCUAGUCAGUGCCACACCGGCUAUCACCAUCAAGAAUGGCCAUUUCGGAUGGGAGCCAGACAAAAAGGUCCUCAGUAACGUCGACAUUGAAGUCCCUAGCGGCUCUCUUACGAUGAUCGUGGGCCCGGUCGCAUCGGGGAAGUCGUCCUUAUGCAGGGCUCUCUUGGGAGAAAUACCGUACAGCCAAGGGACAGUCACGGUGGCUACUGGGUCUCCACGCGUGGGCUAUUGCGACCAGACGCCCUUCUUGUUGAACGGUAGCAUAAGAGAGAACAUUGUCGGAUAUUCCCCAUUUAAUGCUGACAGAUAUGCCGAGGUCGUUGGCGCGACAAUGCUCAGGGUAGAUUUCGAAUCGCUGCCACAAUCGGAUGAGACGACUGUCGGCAGCAACGGCAUUACUCUUUCGGGUGGCCAAAAGCAGCGAGUAUCAUUGGCGAGGUGCCUCUACCUCCAAGCCGACCUCCUGAUUUUAGACGAUAUUUUCAGCGGCUUGGAUGCCGAUACUGAAGAUCAAGUCUUCCAACGUGUGUUCGGGGUGAACGGGAUUCUACGGCGACGGCAGACGACGGUGGUUCUAUGCACGCAUUCCGUUCGCCAUCUCCCCGCUGCGGAUCAUGUCAUUGCUCUGGGCUCUGAUGGGACCGUCAUCGAACAAGGAAAUUUCAGUGACCUCAUCGCGAACCAGAGUUACGUCCACAGCCUCGGCGUUAAGUCUUCGGCCAGCGAGACUGGCAGCGAAGCAGAGUCUGGCGUCAGUAUCGCCGAACCCCAACUGAGCUUGCUAAGGGAGAUCUCUACCUUGCCUUCCGCAGCGGAACGGGGCGACGAGGGACGACUACAAAGUGACAGAAAGGCCUACAGAGUCUACUUCAAAAGCUUAGGAGCACCACUUGCUACGAGUAUAUUCUUUUUUGGCCUAUGCUGGGGUGCUUUAUAUAACUUCCCAACUGUAUGGCUCAGUUACUGGUCAGAAGACUCCGCGGCGGCUAACCCCUCUCACUCCUUCGGGUAUUAUGCCGGCAUAUAUGCCGGGCUCGAGGUUUCCGCUCUCCUGUCGUUGAUGGCUUUUGGUACCUUGAUAUACGUCACUUCUAUCAAGCGGGUUGGCAUCUCUCUCCACCAUGACGCCUUGCAGACCCUGAUUCACGCGCCGCUUCGCUUCUUCGCCCUGACCGACCAAGGCGUUAUCACGAACCUUUUCUCCCAAGACCUGGGUCUCAUCGAUAACGAGUUACCAUCCGCCUUCCUGAAUACCAUAUUCAGCGUGUUUAUCUCGAUGGGUCAGGCAGCAGUCAUUGCCUCGUCGUCACCUUACCUAGCAAUCAGCUACCCAUUCCUGGUCUACACGUUAUACGCAAUCCAGAAGUUCUAUCUUCGCACCUCGAGGCAGUUGAGGCUACUAGACCUGGAGGCCAAGAGCCCGCUCUAUACUCACUUCCUUGAUACCGCCAAGGGUAUCGUGACCUUUCGAGCGUUCGGAUUUACGAAAGAAAGCCGCGAAAAGAAUGCUCGGCUCCUCGAUACGUCCCAGCGUCCUGCGUAUCUGCUAUCCAUGAUCCAACAAUGGCUAAGUCUCGUGCUCAACAUUGUCGUCGCUAUUACGGCAGUGAUGCUCACGUCUCUGGCCGUGCGCCUACGCUCCAACUCGGGAUUUACCGGUGCGUCACUGGUCACGCUUAUGGCGUUCGGGAAUGUGUUGUCGGACAUCAUCAGCUCAUACACGCUACUCGAGACAUCGCUCGGCGCCAUCACCCGGCUUAAGAGCUUCGACAAGACGGCCAAAACAGAGGAUCAGGACGACGAGACUAUUGUCCCUCCCGAGGAAUGGCCACAGCGAGGAGAGAUUUCUCUCCGAGGCGUUUCGGCUACCUAUAACACCGACGAGGAACCUACCGAAACCCCGACGCUAGCGCUCAAGAACAUCGACCUCCAGAUCCGCGCCGGCGAGAAGGUAGCCAUAUGCGGGCGUACCGGCAGCGGCAAGUCCUCGCUCAUCGCGCUGCUGCUCAAGCUCCUUGACCCCGUCCAGGGGACAACGGCGGCAGCGGCAGACGGCGGCAUCUCGAUCGACGGCACGCUGCUGGGGCGCGUCGACCGGUCGUCGCUACGGCAGCGGGUGAUCGCGAUACCGCAGGACACCGUGUUCCUGCCAGACGGGUCGACGUUCGGGGAGAACCUAGACCCGCUGGGGGUGGCGGCGGCGGCGGACGCGCAGGCGGUACUGGAGGCGGUGGGGCUCUGGAGCUUCGUGGAGGAGCGGGGGGGGAUCGGAGCGGGGAUGGUGGCGGGGACGCUGAGCCAGGGGCAGCGGCAGCUGUUCUCGCUGGCGCGGGCGGUGCUGCGGCGGCGGGAGCGGGCGCGGGCGCUGCUGGGGCCGGGCGGGGCAGGGCGCGAGGACGGCGGCGUGCUGCUGCUCGACGAGGUCAGCUCGAGCGUCGACGGCGAGACGGAGCGCGCGAUGCAGCGCACGAUCCGCACCGAGUUCGCCGCGUACACGGUGGUCGCGGUCAGCCACCGGCUCGAGAUGGUGGCCGACUACGACCGCGUCGUCGUCAUGGACCGCGGCGAGAUCAUCGAGGUCGGCGACCCCGCGCGCCUCAGACAGCAGCCGGGCACCCGGUUCGGCGAGCUGUGGGCGCUGAGCGGGAACGGGGGCAGGUGA